AUGUCUCUCCUACAUAGCGAUAGCGGCUUGCUUUCCGCUCUCGCUACUGACUCCUCCUCCAACAUCGCGUCUUCCAGCUCCACGCCUCCCACCAGUAUAUCCGAUGUUGCCAGCCAGGCCUCAGAGGGCCCCAAAUUAGACGACAUCCCCAUCAUUCUCGAGACCGAAACCAUUAUUGAGACCGAAAUCGAGGCUCAAAUCGAAAUCCCUGCGGAUGCCAUUCCGACUCCCGACCCUGCACCCGAAACGCCCUCGGAGCCCCAACCCGCAGCGCGCCCACGUCGGUCUUGCUCCGGCAAAGGUGUAUACAACCUUUCAAAACUCAGUGGCACGGCGAACCGCGGUCACCGCCGCUCCAAGGGUGAUAUUGUCGCUGCUGACCGGCGCCGGACCAUUUCUGGCGAGACGCUUGUCAAUGGCGGAGCCAAUACGGACGAAGUGGCGCGUGUCGCUAGCAACCUUGUCCGCGACGGCAUUGACGCGUUGGACCUCCAAUGGUCUGUUGGGGCUCUCAAGACACCGCGUGCGAAGAAGAUUACUACGGAAAAAGCAGCAACGUCGCGGAUUACUCGUCACACGGCGCGUCUUAUCGGAACCCCUGUCGAGACUCUUGCGACUAAAGUCUCCAAUCUCGGCAAGCGGAGUCGCAAAACCUUCGAGAAGAACAUGUCCAAGAUUCCCCGCGAAUUGCGCCGCCUGCAAGACACCAAGGAGUUCACCGGCAUUGACGAGAAGCCUGUCAUCAGAACGGUCUGGUCUAAUGGAAAGCUCGUGAUCUUGGACGAAAAUGGCAACAUCCCCGCGCCACCGGCCAAGAAGGCCAAAUCUGAGCCGCUCGAGGCCAAGAAAGAGGAGGUAGAGGAGAAGGCCGAGAAGGCUGCCGACGCCCCCUCCAAGAAGACGAAGCGUCACAAGAAAUAUCUCGAUCGUGGACUGUAUGCCGGCCAAUCGGCUCCGUCUGAUUUGACCAAGGGGCUGUCGAUACCUGAGCAGAGAAAGCUUGCGCAAACACCGGAGCUCAAGGACUACGGUCGCCCCAACAAGGCCCUUCCAUUGCCAAUGUUUAAUGGACUGCGCCUGUUGCUCAGCGGUCGCGAUUUCAAGCUCCCCUUUGAUGUUUGCAAUCCUUUGCCGCCUGGCCAGCCGAAGCCCGACGACUUCCGCAAGAUGACAAAGAAUCGUUUCGUUGGCGAUUCUCUGAGCCUGUGGAAGAAGACGCCGCACUUCAUCGACCAGUCCAAGUGCGUCUGCAAACCCGAGGACGGAUGCAGUGAAGACUGCCAGAACCGAAUCAUGCUGUACGAGUGCGACGACAAGAACUGCAACGUGGGCCGGGAAAACUGUACAAACCGCGCCUUUGCCGAUCUUCAAGAGAGAAAGGCAGGUGGUGGCAAGUAUCGCGUUGGUGUCGAGGUCAUCAAGACGUCAGACCGUGGCUACGGCAUUCGCGCGAACAGAUGCUUCGAGCCGAACCAGAUUGUCAUGGAGUACACCGGCGAGAUCAUUACUGAUGAGGAAUGCAACAACCGCAUGGAAACCAAGUACAAGGAUAACAAGUGUUACUAUCUCAUGAGCUUCGAUCAGAACAUGAUUAUCGACGCCACGACCGGUAGCAUCGCUCGCUUCGUCAACCACUCAUGUGCUCCCAACUGCCGCAUGAUCAAGUGGAUUGUCUCUGGCCAGCCCAGAAUGGCGUUGUUCGCGGGGGAUAAGCCCAUUAUGACGGGCGAGGAACUCACCUACGACUACAACUUCAGUCCGUUCAGCGACGAGAAUGUUCAAAAGUGUCUCUGCGGCGCGCCGAACUGUCGAGGGAUCUUAGGGCCUAAGCCUCAGGAAGUCAAACAGCCCAAGCCUCCCAAGUCGACUAUCAAGGCUGUCGUCAAGAGCGCUGUCAAGGCGAGCAAGAGAAAGAUCGAAACGAUGAUUGGCGACGAAGAAGACGGCGGCUCCGCAAAGAAGCGCAAGAUCAAGGCCGCCAAGGGAGUGAGACGAUCACUAUCCUCGACCGGCCUGCUCACCAAGGCUGCGUCCAAGGGCGCAGCUACGGUUAAGAGACGUGUGUCGGCCAUGGCAAUUCUCGGCGGCACCAGCAAGACGAGCACCCCGGCGAAGUCGGCCAAGGGCACAAAGGCGACUCCGGCAAAGACAACAGCAAAGAAGGCAACCCCGAAGAAGUCGACUCCGAAGAAGUACACGGCUCCCAACCCCGCGCGCAAAGCUACCGCAGUCCGUAAGUCGGGCUCCGGAAAGAUGCUCAAGACGUACGGAAAGGUCUCGCCCAAGAAGCUGAGCAGUCGUGCGCCGAGCAUGACGAUUGUGGCCGCGGGAGCAGAGAACGAGGAGGAACUUACCCCGGAGAAGAGCAAGGGCCAAAAGCUUCACAGAAGUCUUAGCAAGGCAUCUCGCAACGCACUGGAAGAGCUCUCACGCGGUUCCACGAUCCGUCUCGUAAGCCCUGAGCUUGUGAGCCCGGGGGCCACGAUCACAGCCCGGCAAGAUUAG